CCUGUCUCGCGGUCCGCCCUGUCCGUAAUUCUUUCUUAUUUGUCAGUCAAACGCUUGUUUGUUCAAACGUCUCAGAUAAUCAAUCGUCUGUCGGUUCAUUUACUGAUCAGCUGUCAAACAGUAAGCAUGUCUGGGGACGACAGAUUUCAACGAAUUCAGCAUAAAGCACAGAAUGGAGUUAUCCAGCCGAUACUCACAGAUCUGUAUCAGAUCACGAUGUCAUACGCGUACUGGAAGAGCGGGAAAAUGAACGAUCAUGCUGUAUUUGAUCUUUACUUCCGUAAAAAUCCCUUCAAAGGGGAGUUCACUGUGUUUGCUGGGCUUGAAGAAGUGGUUAAAUUUCUACAGAAUUUUCACUUUUCCGACAGUGACAUACAGUACCUGAAAUCUGUAUUACCAUCCUAUACAGAAGAAGAAUUCUUUGUUUAUUUACGGAAUUUAUCUGCGAAAGAUGUUACUCUUUAUGCAAUGGAGGAAGGAAUGGUUGUGUUCCCUAAGGAACCUCUGAUUGUGAUAGAGGGGCCUCUCCCAAUUGUGCAAUUGAUGGAGACCCCCUUGCUGAACCUCGUCAAUUAUGCAAGUUUGGUAGCUACAAACAGUAUGAGGUUCCGCCUGGCUGCCGGCCCAGAUAAAACCUUGCUGGAAUUUGGUCUACGACGGGCUCAAGGCCCAGAUGGAGCUCUUUCGGCAUCUAGAUACUGCUAUCUUGGAGGUUUUGAUGGUACAAGCAAUGUUCUGGCAGGAAAACUUAUGGUACCCCGGAAGAUUCUGUCAGAGGAGUUAAGCAGUAAGAGAUCAUCUCAUUUACUGUGCGGGCAUAUGGCUUUUACAGAACUUAUGACCCUUAAUCUCGCACCUAAAGAUUCAAAGACAGAAGUGAACUUUGUAGAGAAAUGUUUGGCAUGGCAGAAAAAACUAGCACCUUGUGUUGGGUUUUUACCAGAUCAAGUGAGUGUUGGAGAGUUAGCAGCUUUUAUAUCUUAUGCACAAGCAUUCCCAAAUGGCUUCCUGGCAUUGAUAGAUACAUAUGAUGUCAUCAGGAGUGGAUUGGCUAAUUUCUGUACUGUGGCAGCUGCACUGUCAGAAUUGGGGUAUCGAGCUCUGGGUAUACGUCUGGAUAGCGGUGAUUUAUCCUAUCUGUCACAAAUUGUUCGUGAUACAUUCCGUAAAGUUGCACAGACUUUUGAUCUCCCUUGGUUUGAACAUCUUACCAUUGUAGCCAGUAAUGAUAUUAAUGAGGACACUAUCCAUUCCUUAAACCAACAGGGUCAUGCCAUCAACAGUUUUGGUAUUGGGACACAUCUGGUAACCUGUCAGAAACAGCCUGCACUUGGCUGUGUAUUCAAGCUGGUGGAAGUAAAUGGCAAAGCUCGUAUAAAACUGAGCGAGGACGUAGAAAAAGUAACUAUUCCAGGGAAAAAAUUUGCAUAUCGACUUUUUGGACAUGAUGGCAAUGCUUUGGUAGACUUGAUGGUGAAGCCUGACGAGGAUCCACCAAAAGUUGGCUCCCGUGUUCUCUGUCGACAUCCUUUCCAGGAGUCAAAGAGAGCUUAUGUUAUACCUGCUAAAGUGGAAUGUCUCCAUAAAGAAUACUGGAAAAAUGGAAAGGCAAACCAGGAUAAAGAUUUACCUCCCUUGAGUGAACUGAGGGCCAAGGCUAUAUCUGCGAUGAAAUCAUUGAGACAGGACCACAAAAGAGCUCUGAACCCUACACCAUAUAAGGUGUCGUUGAGUGAGGAGUUGUAUACAUUCAUGCAUAAUUUAUGGCUGGAGAAUGCUCCUAUAGGUGAACUGUCAUAGGUAUCAGGAAUGUUGUCAUGGCAACCACUGAAAGUGUUUCUCGAAACCAAGUGCAAAAUUUCAAGAGGAGUUACGUGUUAUUUAUGGGAGUGCCACAUUUUUAGGAUUGUUUUUGUUUACACAGUUGUGAUAGAAGAUUUUUAGAUUUGUUAGAGGAUCAUUUUGUGAUGUGGUCACAUCUGUUAUAAAUGUUGUUCUAUUUAUAGACAUGUUGUUCUAUUUAUAGACAUGUUGUUCUAUUUAUAGACAUGUUGUUAUAAUCAUGGACUUUAAAAAAAAAUAUACAGAGGGAAAUAACUAUUACUUACUAAAUAUUGUUCUAUUUAUAGAUGUUUAUUUCUUAAUAAAGACAUUUUAAAAAUGGUAUCAACUUCUACUUGCUUAAGAAAUGGUAUAUUAUUUGUAGACUUAUUUUUCUAAGUAGAGAUAUUUUAAAAAUACUACCAAGGGAAAGAACUCUUAUUUUAUAAAGAAAUGUUCUAUUUAUAGACAUGAAAUUCUAAAUAUAGACAUUUAUAAAAUACUUCCAAGGUAGAUAACUUUCGCUGACUUUACAAGUUAGUGUUUAUCCAUAGUAAAUUUUUAUUUUACUGACAUAAAAUCAUUUAAUGGAGAAAUAUUUUGAAAUGUUAAUUAAUCUUAGAUUAUGUUGUUAAAAGUACAAUGUUUAUAGUUGCUUUAAAUGUUGUGGAGUAAUGCUAUAUGUUCUACAUGUACAUUAAUAUGUUGAUUUUAUGGUUAAAAUGUAUUAAGCUAUAUGUCUAUCUCGUGCCUGUAAUUUAUGAAAUUAUUUUCUUAAAUACUUUCAAACUACCUGUAUGAAAGACUUAUGUUUGUAUAUUUCCUUAAGAGCAAAUGGUGUGCAUAGUAAAUCGUAACUUUACAGUUAAAUACCUAAAUAGUAUAGCAGCAUAAUAGUUUGUUUUGGAACAUUUGAUUUUGUUUUGGAACAUAUGAUUUUGUUUUGGAACAUAUGAUUUUGUUUUGGACCAUUUCAUUUUGUUUACAUACAAUCUAUAUGAUUGUUAAAGUGACAUUAUGCCCAUUCAAAGGUAUGUAGUGAGUUUAAAGUGGAAAGUCAUGUCACAAUAAGUUUACAUUUUCCCAUAAAUACUUUCAAUUUUAUAAUUAACUUUGCUUUAACGAUAAAUAACUCACAUUGCCCAAGAAAAAAUCUGUAAAUAUCCAUCAGAAUUAACGGUAACAUUCAAUUUAUAAAAUAAGUGGGGCAAUUUUUUUUUAUUUUUUAGUUUGAUUUAUAUUUUAUCCUUAACUUUUUGUUUUAAUAUCAACUAUAGGACAAUUACCAUUAUAACACUCAAUGUUUAAAAAUAUAUAUAUAGUUAAUUCAACUCAACUUGACAAUGAAAAAAAUGUCAGCUAAAUUAUAGACUCAUUCUAUAUUUCAACAACUCUUUAAAAAAUCAACCGUAAGAUUAUAGAUACAACAUGAUUUUACUGUUUAAUAAUCUAAAAAUAAAUAUAUACCAUUAGAUAUAGCUUUAUGCCCUUUAAAAUGGUCAUUUUAGGAUAUUUUUUUGUAUGAAACACAUGUACUGUAUUAAUUAUGAAGUAAAAAUAAUGUUGUUUUUAGACUUUUUGUGUGAAACACUGUAUUGGUUUAUAUGAUUUAAGGUUUAUUUUUAAAAUUUUGUAUAAAACACUGUAUAGAUUAUUUAGUAUGUUUAGGGAAAAAAAUCUAUGACAGAAUGUAUUAAUUAUUUGACUGAAGAAAUGAAAUUAAUUAUUUGACUGAAGAAAUGAAGAAAAAAAAUCUAAAUUUUUUAUGCAAAAUGCCAAUACAGGCUGAGUAAUAUUUGGCUGAAAAAUAAAAAGAACACACACACACAUACAUGCAGGCAAAACAGAACAUCUGAAAUCUUAUAUUGAUUAUUUGAGCCGUGUCACGACAAAACCAACAUAGUGCGUUUGCGACCAGCAUGGAUCCAGACCAGCCUGCGCAUCCGCGCAGUCUGAUCAGGAUCCAUGCUGUUCGCUAUCAGUUUCUCUACUUGUAAUAGAGUUGGUAAGCGAACAGCAUGGAUCCUGAUCAGACAGCGCGGAUGCGAAGGCUGGUCUGGAUCCAUUCUGGUCGCAAAACCAUUAUGUUGGUUUUGUCGUGACACGGCUCAUUUGUUUUUACAUUUUUCAUAUGAAAUUAAAUACUCUGUAAAUUAAUUGAUUUAAUAUUAUUUUUCAUUUUAUAUUUUAUAAGAAAUACUGUAUUUAUUAUUUUGUAAAAGGUAUAAAAGACUUUUGUUAGAUGAAAUGCAGUUAAAAUUAUUUGAUGAAAAAAAAAUUGACUUGUUUAUCAUAUAAUAAACUGUUUACCUAGUGUAGAUGAUUUGGCUAAAAAUGUGUUUAACAUUUGUAUUUUUAAACCUUUUAAUGUAAGUUUUUUUGUUUAUGGUUUUUGAGAUUUUCUUAAUGAAAUGCUGGAUCGUGCAGUUUUACAUGUAAGUUUUUGCAAAUGCUUGACAAAUGAGCUUCUUUAAUGCAACAUAUUUUUUAAAAAAACACGUCCAAGUUAAAGAAAAACAUAUUUUUUUGAUAUUUACAAUAAACAAGGACGAUAUGCCUCCAUAAACAUGUUUAUACAAUGUAUAUUCCCAGUAACAUUGAUGACAUUCAUAUGAAAAAUCAGUAUUAUAUUUUGAAAAUUAUUUUGUAAUAUUCAGACUUUUCAGUAUAUAUCCAUUUAAUAUGCGGGUAUUUACAUUUUAUAUAUCAUAUUAACUCACUAAUAAGACUUGUUUUUUGGCUUUAAUUCAGGGGAUAAAAGCACUCACCUAGACUUAUAAAGGCGUCAUGUAAUUAAAGAAAGUUCUGAUUAGUUAGUAUACAUUAAAAUGAUAUAAAGCUAUAAUCAGCUGUCUUUAAUUCUUACCACCCUAAAUAUCUUGAAUGGACUUGUCCAUUUUUUAAUCUGGUCAAAAACAUUCAUCAUUUGUAUGGAAAUUUUCUGAACAUUUUCCGAAUAUCCAACAAUACAAACAGUGAUCAAACUGCCAGGAUGUAUCAGCUGAUUAUGGUCUGCCCUGGUUCCAUGUGUAAAAUAUGUUGCUGCCACCAAACUCAAGAUUAAUGGUUAUGAUAUUUGAUAAAAUAUUAAUUGUAUUUUGAUGAUAAAGAUCAUACCAAGGUCCAAAAACUGAUUGACAAAUGACAAAAGUUUCUAAUUGUAAAUUAAAUUCCUGAUAAAAGAAAUAGUAUACGGUAUGUUAUAAAAUCUCCCGAAAA